AUGAAGCUUUUGUCGUCCUUGAUCUUAUUAUUGCUGCCGUGCCUAACUCGGCCCAACUUUCAGCGGACACCUGUCUACUUUGGAGGCUUCUUUCCUCUAAGUCCUAACAAAGCUUCAGUACCAGGACGGGCACUUCUGGCCGCAGCAGAAGUGGCACUAGAUCACGUGAACAAGUCUGACAUAUUACGCGGUUAUGAGCUGCGCAUGAUUGUCAAAGACUCAAAGGUAUCUCGUUCAGUUCAGUAUAAUCUUAUAGACAGUCUUCUUUCUGCGUGUGACAUCUAAGGCUCGAUUUCCGCCGCUUCCUCGAGUCCAGUCUUCUCUCCUACCCAUGGGUUAGGGGGGAGAAGCGCGAGCUCAUAUUCCCGAACAGCGGCUGGUAAUCGAAACUCCUGACAUCUUCAUUGCACCAAAAUGUUGUGUUGAAAAGUCAAUUUUUUCUUAUGUGGGCAACAGAUCUCAUUCGAACCCAAGUUUCAAUACGUUUUUACAUAUAAAAUUAUAAAGGAUUCUUAGGGCACGAAAAAAUAAGCCCAAUUCUUGAACUUCUUGUGCAUUUUCCUUGAUCUAAGACUAAAUAUACCUCGUGUGCAUCAGUUUUUGUAUCAUCCAUGUACCUGGUCUUUUCUCGUUCGCCAAAGGGUGGAUGAAGGGGAGGGGGGGGGGAGGAGGGAGCUGUUAGUAGGCAAUAAAUUCUGGGAACUCGAAACAAGACUUCUUGCAUCCUGACAUUGUAACAUGCGAGUCUUCUGCAGUACGCCUCGUUUCAGCUCAGUAUUUCCUUGCAUUAUUGUCCGAUUGUUUUAAUGCUGAUCAUGUUGAAAUUUCUCGUCAGUGUGACCCUGCUUACACAGCCAACAUGUUCAUGGAUUUGCUGUCAGAGCAGCCAAACUGCUUGAUGACAUUUGGAGGAGCGUGCUCGGAUGUCACUGAAAUAUUAGCAAAGAUGUCAGCAUACAGGCAUUUGGCACAGGUCUAUUAUUAAACCUACCAUUUCAUCAAGGAACAUCUCAUUCUAAUUUUAGGCACUUCGGUCGAAUUUCGGAAGGCUCCGUCGAAUUUCAGUCGUUUUCGUCCAAUUUCGGGGCCCUUAUUGGUCUUUGCGGGUAUUUUUUAAGCAGAAAAUAGUCUAAGAAGCAUAAGAUCAAAAGCACCUCAUUUAAAAAUAUCAAGACACAAUCUUGAAUCUAAUCACUUCUACAAAUUAUAGAAAGUACCCCAUGGGACGCUGGUUUUUGUUCAAAAAUGCAAACGAUGAUUUUCUUGUAUUUGCCAAUGCGACGGAAACGAUGCAAAACAAUGUUUUUUUAGAAUUGUGAACAAACCUCAAUAUGUGUAUUCUAAAAUGACAGGAGAGAUCUCCGUAAUAAAACUACUCGCACAAGCAGUUCAAAACUGUUCGAUGGCUGGAAAAGGUAUGACACAGGUCAUAUCUAAUCUCUUUUAAAUACUCCCAUUGCAGAUAUCUUAUGCCUCCAGAUCGCUGGCCUUAUCAAAUCGUGAGGAGUUUCCCACUUUGUUUCGCGCUCUUCCGUCCGAGUCCGCGCGGAACCUGGCUCGAGUGGCUUGGAUAAAACACUUCGGCUGGGAGAGGAUUGCCACCAUGUUUGAAAAGACAAGCACUGAUCUGGUAAGAGAUAAAUAAUUGAAAGGUUUUGGAAAGUCGCCCAUCGUCUUCAGUUUAUUUGAUUAGUUCCGUGCAUUCUGGAGCGCAGGUUAGAUUUUUGUAACAGGUGUGUUUAUGAUACGACAGCAGUAGUUCUUCCGUUGCACCGAGGAACCUACUAAAUAACUUGAAUGGUAGGACAUUUACCUGUUAGCUGAAAUGCCUUAAAGUGUCUUUCUUCUUUAAGGCAUCGCAAUCCAAUAGCCAAGUCAUCAGGGAAUUGAAGGAGAUAAAUCGAACAAUUCUUCAGUCUGAAGAAAUCACAGGACAGCACAUUGAGCUUGACAUAGUUAAUCUUGCGGUAAGUCUGUUGGUUGAUUGGAGCCUUUUUCGAUAAAAUGUCACAAAAUCAAAACUAAAGAGAUCGCCGCAGCCAAUCAGAAGAAAGGAGCCUCUUAAGAGUCAAUGAAAACUCAAAGUAGAAACAACCAGACUGCCUAAAGCGCGGGAAAACGCGGGCGACCAAGUCGUGACUGGUUAUUGUUUUGCAUCUGAUUGGUCGACAAAUCGGCGAAAGUUUUUUUUAGACCAAUCGUAGAGCGAAGUAAAGCAAAGCCAAUGCAAUCCCAGAUUACUUUGGACCCUCGCUAGAAAAUAGCUCCAUCAAAUUAAUUUGAGUCUUAGUUUCCUUCCCGCUCAUAGAUUAAAGUAAAAUCACGGUUUGCGUCUGGUACCGCUCAUAAGUGUGAGAUUGUUUCACCGUUAUCUAUCAUUUCAUAUUGUGUUUUAGAAAAACGACGCCAGAAUCAUUGUCGGAACAUUUUAUGAGGCCAAGGCGCGGCACGUCUUCUGUCAGGUAGGGUAUACUGAAAAAAUUCCUCGUGUUUAGUGAGAAAAUAUAAAACGGUAAACAAAACAACCGACGUGACUCCCAUUAUGGUAAGGAACACAUCAGUUCGAGACCUCCAAGUAAGAACAUGUAAUCGGCCACAGGAGCUGGGAAAAGUGAGUGACUGAGUUUAGCGUCUGAUUGAUUAAGAAACUUUUCACAACUAGUGCACUUUUCCAUCGAGUGUCAUAAAACCAAAACCAAAGUAAUCACAAUGGUAAAUCUGAACAAAGAAAAAAACUUUCAAAGCCAAUAAGAACUCAUAGUAAAAACAACCAGACUGCCUAUAGCGUGGGAGAACGCGGGUGACCAAGUCAUGAUUGGUUUUAGUUUUACAUUUGAUUGGUUAAGAAAGUAGCGCGAGUUUUCUGGACCAAUCAUAGGGUGAAGUAAAGCAAAACCGAUACAAUCCUAGAUUACUUUCGACACUCGACUGAAAAUAGCUUUAUGGGAACUAUUUUUCUUUUAUUUUUAUUCAUUUUUUUGAGGUUCUGUCUCAGCAAGUUAAAAAAAGAAUUUAUUUCAGGCUUACAAGUCAGACCUGUACGGAGCACGCUAUGUCUGGAUUCUGAUUGGUACAUAUUCUCACCGCUGGUGGUCAGUCCCAGACCCCUCCCUGCUCUGCACUAAAGAUGAGAUGAGGAAAGCUGUGGCCUACACUUUUAUUUUUAAUAACCAGAUAUUCGCGAGUGAAGACAAAACAGAAGCACAGAGUAAAACUCUCUCGAAAUUGGUGAGUAUCUGACUAAUAUUAACCCAGAUAUCUUUUAAGUAACCACACAACUUUUUUUCAAAAAUCCGAGUCUUGCCUCUACCCCACAAAAAACCGAAGCCACAGUUGCAAAGUUGUAAGAGGAAGAAGUGGAGUUCUUCUGAGAUGCUAAGAUGCUAUCAACAACUAUAAUCCCCCAGGUACUGGCUUAGAUCCCGUGGCUAAAACCUAUUAAGGGGUAGAUAGUGAGUAACGUGAGUUGCCUAUAACACUGCGUGGUUGUACAUAAAAUAAAAUGACGAUCAUUUAUUCGAAAACAAUUAGAUUUUUCGCUCUCAGGCUUCCUUUUGAACUAUCACGCGAUAGAAAUCUUGAUCUUAGAACUGAUCUAAUUGUUAAAUACUCUUCUGCAUGUUUCUAGCAGUUUAUCAUCUAUUUAUUUCCACUGCUCAGACAACCGCCCAAUUCUACAAACAAUACAGAGAUGUUUUACAGAAGCUGAACGUGUCUUCCGCGCCUAACAUCACUGCCUACACAUAUGAUGCUCUGUGGACGGUGGCUGUCGCACUGAAUAAAUCCAUUCCUAAACUGGAAAAAAUGGGUCUGGGGUUACAAGACUUUUACAAAAAUAAAACUGAAAUGACAAAGUUAUUUGUACGAACACUUCAAGAUAUUCACUUCCUUGGGGUAACGGUAGGUCUGCUCCAGUCUGUAUUCGUCACUUAUUGUAUUUGUUAAUGUAAGACAUCUUACAAUAACUCCUUUUCUUGUCAUAACUUGUUUUCCCACCCGAUGAAAGGUAUUCUGAUUAUUUAAAUCCUUCGAAGUUAUUCAAAGAAGAGCACAACUUAUCCAUCUCCAUUCUUUUCCUUUAAAGCAAGCUCUCCAGCUCAAAGCAACAGCUCUACUUUUUUCUGUAAAUUAACCCUUCCUCUUGACAUAAGCACCGCAUCUCCUUGAAAGCUUGUCCUCGCUUCAUGUUUUCUUUCGGGUCGGUGGGCAGGGGUCUUUUAACAAAGGGGAGAGGGUUAUUUUGGCCGACAUCUCAUGAGAAUUUAGCGGCUCGCCAGGGUGUUGUACUGUUAUGAAUUAUUUAUGUCUCAUUCCGAAGAAGGGAGGGGGGGGGUUUGGAUGUGUCCUAAACCAACCUGCUUCGCGUCGUAAUUAAAAAGGCAACAGAUUUGCUCUCCCUUUUUCACUUGCAUUCUUCUCUAUAUCCGUCCAUCCUCAGGGAGAAGUUGCUUUUUUCUCUGAUGGUGACCGAUAUGAUGGUUUGGUGGAAAUACUUCAGCAACAUCCAGGUAAUUUUCGUUUAGUACUGCCGCCGCCAAAGUGUUUACUGCUUCAUGCAUCAGCGCGAAAAAAGCACGAAAAAUGUUCUACUCAUGCUUCUUGAGGUCUCUCCAAACUUUCCGCGCGCUUGAUUUUAUCGGUAAACGCAAAGAAAAAGUAUUAAGCUAUAGUUUAAGACUAUUUUCAAAACAGUGGCCUAACCACGUUACAGAGAAUUUAUCUCUGCAUCGCUUCAAAGCGUCAAACACGUCCUCAGCGUGCACUAUUUAUUUGCAGAUGGUCAUGCUGUACGUGUCGGUUGUUAUGAUGCAUUCGCCAAAAAACUACAACUGGUGGGAAAGGGAAAUCUGUGGCCAGGUAACCGUGUUAGAAAGAAUUUAAAUUUUAUCUGAGCAUAUAGCCUCGGUCAACUUCAACCAGCUUUUUCUGAUUUUUUUUACCAAUGAUAAAAGAGAUAAAAGUCUAUUUCCUUCGCCCCUCCAAAUCUAUUCUAAUACAUUCUCUACUCGGUCAAAAUGUCAAAUGAGACUCGGGAAAAGUUCGAUCGUCUACCCUUUUCCGAAUAAGGAGACAAGAGAGAAGCUUGGAACUGGGUGAGAAGUUUUUGAUCAGGAGUGUUCUUUUUUAUGUUGAAGCUUGGGUUUCAUCACGUUUUUUAAGUCUUCAAAAUGAAAUUCCAAUUCUUAGUGAUCCCGAAGUUCUAGCCUUCUAGGUAAGAGUUAGUAAAAAUAACUGUUAUCUUCUCUCCCUGAAUAGUCAUUAAGAGCCAUAUAUGACUGUGAUUACAUGAAAUAAGUAAAGAUUACCCUUACAUAUUUAUUUUUGCAUUCACAGACGGUAAAAUUCCUCUUGACAAAACUAUCACCGUCACAGAAUUUGUGCAAAUUCCCGUGUGGUUAAUCGUAUUAAAAAGUGUACUGAGCUCUCUGGGAAUUGUAUUGGCGCUGUUUUUUCUGGGCUUUAAUUUGCGCUACCGCAAGAAAAGGUUAGUGUCUAAGUACGCUAAACUGAUUUUAAAACUUGCUUCUCUUACAAGGGGGUAGUGUCACACAGAUGUGACUCCCUACAAUGUUGUUUAAGUGCCGGAUGAUUUCUGGGAAAUAACCUGAAUUAGGGCUUCUUCAUCAGUUGAGCUUUUCGUGCAACCGGCCUGGUCCUGUGGGCUGAACAAAAAUAAGUUUGAAAUCGAGUUCUUGUCGUUAGUAGGCGUUCUAGCAUCCGAUACUGACCGAAAAAACACCUAUUCUAGAGUCUUAGAUCCAUUUUGACCCAUUUCUUGUAUAUAUUUCUUGUAACUCUUCUUGUAAGUUCUAAGAAAUUUGUAUGUAAUCAGACAAUAUUCCUUUGGCGAUAUUCAUCUUUCUUCUCAUCAUUUUUCUGCUUGAUUUUGAUAUUGUGGGGAGAAAUUUAAUUAUUUUCUUCAUUCCUUGGAGAAAAAGUGUGAAGACAGCUAAAACGAUUCGUGCCUUUUCAAUGUUUUUUUUUUCUUUCGUCUCAGAAGUCAUAUUACUUACCUUCAUUCCGUUUGUAAUAUAUUAAGAACUACCUUCAGUUCUAAACAAUUUUUUUAGGCUGUACUAAUUCACCUAGCCUGUUCCAGGCGUUCCAGUAAUAAAACGGAGCGAAAUAACAAACGGCACGUUAGAAGCUUCAGAGCGAAAAAGAAGGAGGCUUUUGCAUGUCGGGUAGCGUAGUCCAUUACGCAACUCGACCCAGACCCCCUCGUUUCUUUACUCCUCCGCCAAUGUCAUGCCUUUUACCAUGGCGCUUAGUUUUACUAUCUGGGACAAGCUAGGAUUUGCCUUGAUUUUCUAUUCUGUUUAUUCCAUGCAGGUAUAUAAAACUGUCGAGUCCAAACCUCAAUAAUGUCAUAUUGCUUGGUGGCAUUCUAAUGUACAUAACAGUGUUUUUGUACGGGUUUGAUGGAAGACUUUCGCCCCUUUCUUAUACCUACGUUUGUAGAGUGAGUAUUGUCAAACUCGCUGAAUACCGUGAAUAAUUACUCUAAAUUUAUUUUUCGUAAAAAAAAAAUCCUAGUCAGAGAGGCAGCCAGCUCGUCUGUUCUUCAGUCAAUUUAGUAUUAACAACUCAGUUGAUAAUGCUAAAUUACCCUGUUAUACUCUCCCACCGACGCAGCACUAAAGUUUCUUUAGAAACUUGCUCCCUUUGUUCGUUAGUCAGUUUAUUGUUCAUUUUCCCCCUUCAUUUAAACGUUGAUUCGCUCUUUUCGUUUUUUCAAUCUAAAAUUAGUUCGUUUCUUCGGUUUUAGUUUGUUGGUUAGUUAGUAAGCCAGGGUUUCAGUUAGCGAGUGAGUGAGUGAGUCAGUAAGUGGGUCAGGUAAUAAGUGAGUUAAUCAGUAAAUGAGUGGAUGAGUUUAUCAGUCAUGGUUCAUUCAGUCGGUUGGUCUACUGAUUAGUCAGUCAGUCAGUCAGUCAAUCAACCACUCAGUCGAGUAGUCAAACAGCUUAUCCAUUCGAUCAAACAUUUGAUAAUUCAUGCAUUCGGUAGUUAAUUCAUUCAUUUAGCGAAUUUAGUGUCAAUUUGAUAAUCUGUUCUAAUUUUCUUUUUUCAUAGGCACGAUUCUGUUUGCUGUCUCUUGGAUUUACCGUAGGAUUUGGUGCCAUGUUCUCCAAGACUUGGCGUGUCCACCAGAUUUUCACGAACAUCAAGAAAAUCAGAAAGGUGAAAAAAAGACAACAACAACGACGAGCAAAACAACAACGACAAGCAAAACAACAACAACAACAACAACAAAAUUUUUCUAAGCUCCCAGAUAUAAAUCCAAUUAAACCCCUACAAAAGACACUUUUAAUCAAUCCCAUAGGAUUACUGUGAUAGCAGGGUGUGAGAUACAUAUUUCAUAGAUCCGCAGUGCGUACAUAGUGUAGGAAGUGCCUGCUAAUUAACCGAUUUAAUAGCAUUUUUUUUCUGUCCCCCACAGGUAGUCCGUGAUUCCGACCUGUUCCGCUUGUUAGGAGCGCUAGUGUUUGUAGAUGUUCUGUUACUUGCCACCUGGAUGUCUUUGCAUCCACCAAAUAGGAAAGUAAUCGUGAAUGAAGGAGCUCAGGUAAACGACGAAAGUAGAAUUCCCAACUGAAAUGACCUCUCAGUAGUAGCCCAUUUAGUCGGUGGGAAGUCUGGAACCAACACUACUGAAGUAACAAAAGUCGUUACUUUUAGUAGUGUUGGUUCCAGACUUUCCACGAUCUUAUAAAUCUGGUAAGGGUUGAGGUCUGGGUACGAUUAGAAAGAAGUUAAGCAAAUGGAAAAUUUGCGUUGAUAUUACAACAUUUGUAUCAGCAGUAAAAAGGGCGAUUUUUUCUGUUUAUUUCCAAAGUUAAUUUUUGAAUUCUAAGAAAGGUGAGCAAACACAGAGGUCAUUUUUACAUUAUUUAAACCCUUUGACCCAUGAGAGUGAUUGACAUCUAGUUUCUCCUUAUAACAUCAUCCCUGAAUCACACAUUAGGGUCACGAGAAUAAAGGAAAUGAUCACCAGCUUAAGAAGCUAUUGAUUGUUAAAACAAAUUCUCCUUGUCAGCACCUUAAGUAAUGUAUGUAGAACAGUAUGGAGAAUAUGCAUAUUGAUGUAAGGGUGUUUGUGGUUAACUUACGUUAAACAAGUAACAACAGCAACAACUGCAAGCGGAAGUGCGACUGAAAAGAACGAUGGGUAGCUUCGUUAAUCGUACAUACAAUGAAGUCAGUUCUUUUGUCAUGGUGAAUGUUCUUUGAUCUUCAUGUUCAUUUAAAGCUUUUUCCUUCCUUAACUCUUUUCUCUCUCAUUUACUCUUAUCAAGCUUUCCUUUUCUCUCAGAUAAUUCUAUUUCUCUCCCAGUUUCUUUUCUCGUUGACUGUACAAAUAACAUCCAACUCUCUUAAUAAGGAUGUUCUUAAACAGUUAAAUACCUAGCUGAGCCAUAAUCAUAAAUUGGAAAUUAAUUUUGACGCAAAAAGUGAAUGAUCAGAAGUAUAAUUUAAAGCUUAUCUGAAUUAACUCUCGUCAGCUAAUGCAAUAUCCAUACCUUGUGAUUUAAAUUUACAGAUUUCUUACGAUCGCGAUCACAAGACUGUUCUUUGCCGUGAGGAAUGCGAGGGGCCCCAUUUCACAGUGUGGAUUAUUGUAUUCUAUACUUUUCACAGCCUUCAGCUCAUCUUCGGUUUGUUCCUUGCAUUUGAAACACGCAAAGUUUCGAUUCCAGCACUGAAUGAUUCUCGUUUCAUCGGUAUCAGCGUGUAUAAUGUGGUCCUACUUUGCGCGGUUGGUGUUCCUGUGUCUUUCUUCACGAACAGUCAUCCCACUGUCAGCUUUUCACUUAUUUGUGCCGUUAUUUUGUUCUGCACCACACUGACACUCGGAAUUCUGUUUGUACCCAAGGUAAUGGAAUAAAAACUCUCUUAAAUAUUUUGAUGCUCUAGGGUACAUUUUAAAUUGAGUGUAUUGCCAUUAAGUGUCGUAAAAAGCAAACACAAAGAAUUGGCAACGGUCAGCGAGCUUUUUAUUGAAGUUUGGUAAAAAAAACUGAAGUUGUAACGACAUUUCCCCCUGGGGCGCCAGUAAAAAAUGCUUAUUCAGGAACUCACUUAACUUAAACCAAACUAAAUUCAGUUGGAUCGCAGUUGGGAGGUUGAAAUUGUGGAGAGUGUGAUAUGGUUCCUAGAAAUUACUUUACAAUCGCGUUCUUUUUUUGUCUUCUUCAGGUUAUCCAAAUAUACAAGGACCCGGAUGGGAAUCCAUUGAGGCGAGGUGGCAAACAGUCCAGUGGUUUUUCUCGUGGUACACCAUUUACGCGGUCUUUGGAAGCUAUACAGAAUCACGCCAUGAUAGAGGAAGAGAACAAGGAGUUAAGAAAGCAAGUUGAGGAGGUGAGUUUUCUCGUAAAAUCAUCAUCCAUUGAGUGCAGAGAGCAAUCCAGGACUGCGCUCAUU